CUACUUCUGUCAGAAUAUACCUAUGGAAGAGGCAUCAAAGGGUGAAGGACACCGAGAUGGAGAAAAGAGGGAAGGAGGACCUGACACAGGAGGGAAACCUCAGCUGUCAACCUCAAAAGGUGAAUCGCAAGAUGCAGGUAGUGGCGGCGGCGGGAGCGGGAGCGGUAGCAGAAGUGAUAGAAGAGGACAGGGAUCGACAUCAGGUGGGGUGGAUCAGCCAUCCCCUUCACAGUCCAUCACACCUCAGGCCUCACUUUCGCUUUCUAUCAGCUCAAAGUUGGCACGUGAGCUUGUGGCGGGCUCAACAAAGCAGUUACGCAGACCUACCCAUGUAGUUCGACCCGCACCUUCACCACCAGUUGCUGCACCUGUUACGGACCCUGUAUUACAUCCAACUGCGCUUGUAAAAGUUUUCAGGUUUCUGUCAUUGGCAGAUCUCGGCCACUGUGCUUUAGUAUGUAAAGCGUGGUCCAGAGCAUCCAUUGACCCUCAGAUCUGGAGGCGUAUUGACUUACCAAGGCGGCGUCCCUCAGCCUCACUUCUAGCAGGCAUCGUACGCCGGCAACCUGGGGCCUUGCUCCUCAACUGGAUGAGACCACCACUGACAAAGCAGCAGCUCGCCUGGCUCAUCGUGAGGCUCCCACAGUUACGAGAACUGUCACUGCAAGGGUUCUCCUGGACCGGUAUCUCAGCCCUCAGGUCAUGCACUUGUCCUCCCCUCUCUGUGCUUGAUCUCAGUUUCGUUUCAGGAUUCAAUGAUGUAUCCUUGCGAGAACUGCUGAGCCCACCACCUGACAUGCGACCGGGUCUGGUAGGGUCUCCUUCACGACUGAAAGGCCUGCAUACGCUCCGCUUAGCAGGAUGCGACAUCUCGGAUAUGGCUCUGCGCUACAUAGCACAGCAUUUACCAAAACUUGUGGAGCUAGAUGUAUCACAGUGCAUUCGUGUGACAGAUGCAGGAGUAGCGCAGUUGGCUACACCUCCUGCAACCACGAUUUCCACGUUAGCCUCUCUGGAUCUGUCAUCCUGUAGGUUGCUAACAGAUUCAAGUCUCGACCACUUGGCACAUUGUGAUGCUCUAGUUCGACUGGACCUCCGCCAGACACCGAAUGUCACUGAUGCCGCUCUUGCAAAGUUUGCCGAACAGUCACGACAUGGCCUACAUGUUAUUGAUACAAAAGUGAUAGUUAAGAAGAAAACGUCAUCUGAAAGCCCAACCACCGCAACAUCACCUCAAAAAACGUCCACCUGAUGUGCUGGAUAUGCAGUAGCAUGGAAAUGUGAUAUAACUCUGCAUCAGAAACCACUAAGUGCCAAGUUUCUUAUUGUGAUAUUUGGUAGUACAUGUAGUGAGCAUUUAGUUUGUCAGAACUAAGAAAGAUAAGGACAAGCUGGCUAAUGUUUUGGUACUGUUGUCAUGCAGAAGAUUGCACUGGAGUGGUCUAUUACUGUCAAUUUGUAAUGCAAAGUUAGCUGAGAAAAUGUGUAAUAAUGUUAGAGAUUUGGGUGCUUCAGGCCAACAUCUUUAGCAUGUACUCUUCUAAUUCUGCAGAUAAUUUGUGUAAUGUUAAAAGUACAUCAUAGUUAUAUGUAUAUAUCACAAAAUUGCUUGACUGAUUUUUGAGAGCAGGUCAUAAAAAUUUCCUGAAAAUUGGCCAAGUUUUUAGAUGGUCAGAUUACAUUUGUACUGAAGUGCACUAUUUUCUUUGCUGUGAUUCACACAUGUAUAUGAAUAACAAAUAUGGAAAUUCCUGGAUGGAAAAAAGUAAAAUAAAGGAAAGGCAACCACACACCAGUCCUCUAUGGGUAAGUGGUUGCCUUUCCCUUAUUUUACAUAUUUUUGCACAUCUUUAAGAGAUGACAGCAGGUAGGAUACAGUGGAGGAUGAUCAAAUUCUAAAAGACUGCAGAUUUACAAGUAUAAUUUUUGAAGCUUUUUGUAUUAUCAGAUUACUGUCUUGAAGUUUUAUUUUUACUGAAUUUUACAGCCAUUGGAUUAUAUAAAAAUCUUGAAAGGUGUCAAAUUUUUUUUCUGUAUGUUAAAAGUGUGUUGGAUUGGAAAUUCUGUCUCCGACACUUGCCUUGAUUACUAUUGCUGUAACAUUUAAUUUUGAGCAUUUUGAAUCGCCAUUUCCUGCAUCUUUCAACUUCAUAGGUAUUUUCACACUAAGUAAAUAAAGACCAGGUUUAACAAUAUGUGAACUGUGAAAUUAUUAUAUUUUGAAGGCUAGCUGGAAGAAAGAAUAAUGGCUUGUAUUCGCAUCAGAAAUUGUAGUACAUGCAAUAGUGACCUGUGAUAAUGCUAAUUUCUCUUAUGGGUCCCCUUGUUACCUUUGUUUAGUCAGUGAAAUUGUGUUUUUGCUUGGGAGCUUCACUAGCCACAUUCCUGACAUACAUAAAAGCUGAUGAGCUAUGUUAUGUUAGGAAGAACUUGCAGUUCU